CACAAUGUGUCACAAUGUGUCCCACUCUGAUGAGCAGCUACAAAUAACAACAUUGUCCUGUGUCCUGUGUUAUCACUGUGAUGUCCACUUUUAUCUCUACUUGUGUAUCUUUGUUCGUCGUACUGUAUAUAAUUUGGUUUGAAGACUAUUUGUUAACUGGUAUUCUUAUACGUUUGCAUCAACACUUAUUUUCCUGGAAGCAUUUAUGUGGUUAAUUUAAGGAACAAAAAGAACAACACCCCUCCUCUUUAUAUUGAAAGCGCUCCCUUCCUGGUCACACUUCAGUUACGGACACUGAAGAGCUGCAGUCAUCAACACAAUGAUGAACUUCACUAUGAGAACAGCUUUACUGCUCGGCAGCCUCAGCUGGAUCUCUGUCUCAGUGUCUGAGUCUCAGACUGUGAAGGUCCAGUCUGGUCAAGAAGUCACACUGCUGUGCCCAAAGAUUUUCAAAGAUGAAACUGUGACUUUCUGGUUCAGACUGGUCAACAGGACCGAGGUCAGCUGUAUCUCUGUUAUGUUGACCUCUAACAGCCCAGUUCACUUCUGCGAUGGAUAUCAAACUGGAAAUUUUGAAAUGAGCUCCAACAUCUCUACCCUCUUUCUCAACAUCAAUCAAGUGAAUGUAUCUGACUCUGGACAGUAUUUCUGUGCAUUUUACACAAGGGGGCGUCUAAUUUUCAGAGUGAUUUAUUUAAAUGUUGACGGUGACGGUGAAUUUGAUGAUGAUGUGGACAGCGAGUCUCAAAAAAAGCCUGAUGUCAAACUAACGCUGGCGACUGUGAUCCUGGGCGGUCUGACUCUUGUCUUCAUGAUGGUGACCACUGGUUUGGCUGUUAAAAUCAGCAGACUUCUGAAAGUUGUGGAUGAAUUACUGCAACCUGAAAGAAACAAGAAUCUGGGCUCUGAUGACCUGAACUCUGCAGCACUGAGGCUCCUUCCAAAAACACUCAGAAACAGGAGGCCUGCAGAGACACAGGUGGAAACUCAUGUUAUUUAUACUGCCAGCAGAUAGACUCAGGACACAAGUGGAACUGCAACCAGGAGUUUCAUCAUAUUAAUCUGCUAUUUUGCUUUUCUGUGUGUGUGGUGGCAGAAAUAGUUUUUGUAAUCAAGUUCCUGUAUAAAUGGAGAGUCAACAUUUCCUGGUCAAAGUCUCUGUCUUUCUUAGUUUGUCUACAUCACAUCUUCAUCUGAGAGGGACAAGGACGUAUUUUAUGUUUGAUGAGGAGGAGCCACAAGAGACACUGAUAACUGUCAAACUGACUCAUAGGCAGAGUCAAUGGUCUGUGGGGGAGGGAGGGGUGAGAGAGAUACACAUCUCUUCAUCUGAGCAGCUCAGUGUGGUCUGAGCUCUUGUUCUUGGAUCAGCCUCUGUACUUGUAUAGAUUAAAAAAAGACAGUGAAGAAAAAAAAACUAACAUUGUUGGUGACAAACACUGAAUGAGUCUAAAAAUAAAGUUCACCACAGGAAGACUUCAGCCAUGAUCACAAACAUCACAUGAUUCGCUGUUUUCAAAGACUAAGACUAAAACUACUUUUACAAAUUGCAAAUACAGUGCAUCUGCUUUGAACAAACUUACCAAACUACUUUACAGAACCUACAUUAACAUCUGCAUUCAACAUUUCAGAGUACACAGCAACAUUUACAUGCAAGGCCACAGUUUCAGGCCACACUCUCAUGUGUCAGGUUUCUAAUGCUGAUCACUGAAUUAAUAUAUAGUACAGUCAUGACUAACAACUGUUAUGCCCUAAUAUAUCAGCACAACAGUUUCUGAGUCCUGGUAUCUAUCAACAAUAUGAUCAAUCAACCAGCAGGUAAAAGGUGAUGGUUAAGACCAAGACUAAAACAUCCCUCUGUGUUUGACCUUUGUAGAGUCACACGGCAAAAGAUAACAGUCCAGGGAGAGCCACAAGGUAAAGACCAGUGUUGACUCAGUGACUAACUUCAUAGUCGUUGCCAUUUGUAAGAGCCAGAUUCCAUAUUAACAUGAGGAGUUUUGUCCCAGAUCUCAACAAUGUGUUUGGGAAAGGCAAAUUAUGGCCGUUUACCUUAUUAUGUUUUCUUCCUGUUAAAGCUACAGCUAAUAUCCAGGUUAAUAAACAGAACAUCAUACAGGAGGAAUUAAGAUCACUUUGUCUAAACAUCAGUAUUAAGGUAAAUCUAUUAUUUUCUUGAUAGUGUUUACUUUUGAUUCUCACACAUCUUUCUCUUGCUCUCAGUGUCUGUUCAUAUGCUGUUUGUUUGCUGUUUGGUCUGAGGACGACAGAGGUGAAAAUCCUGAAGCCUGUUUCCAUGAGACUGUACUUCUCUCUGGUUUGACUGAAUGACUUUUUGAAAUGUAAGAGUUGUCUGUCUUGUAUGCUGACAUGGUGAAUGUGCGUAUGAAAUAGAUAAAGGUAUAGCUCUCUGCCCUGGCUGAGUCUGCAUAUGUGGCCAAGCAACAAGUCUUGUGCCCCCUCCCCCUGUUAUUUUCCACUGUGGUGAGAACCCUGUGUGUAUCAGCCAAAACGAAAGCCACAAGAAGACUGGCCCUUAGCUCUCUGCGAUAAAACCACAUGCAACAAAAGCUGUACUACGUCUCUUUAAAAUAAAUGUAUAUGUUGAAAGAA